GGGGAGAGAGGGCGACAGCGGCACCGGCGCCUGGGGCGGGGGGGGGGGCGGCGGACGCGGGCCCGGGCCUGGGCCUGGGCCUGGGGGGGCCGCCCCGGGGCCCUCCCCGAUAUCGGGGGCCCAUGACAGGGCCCUGGCCGAGCUGCCCCCCCCCGCCCCGAUGAACGAGGAGCCGUUGCUGGAGGGGGAUUUUGGGGGUCCCCCAGGCGCGGGGGGGACGCCCCGUUUCCACCUUCGCCUGACUCGGACGGAGCUGCAGAUCCAGGGGGGCCCCCCCGGAGCUGGGGGGGUCUUGCGCCUGGCCGACGUGGUGGGCUGCCACACGCUGCGCGCCCCCUCCCUGCCCGCCGCUGCUUUCUUCGCCGUCUACGCUUACCCCCCCCGCUGCCGGGGGGUUUCGGGGGGGCCCCGGCGGCGUCGUCGAGCCCCCACAUUCCGGGUGGACGCGGCCCCCCACUACGAAGGAAACCGGGCGACGGCCGAACGUUGGGCCCGCGCCAUCCGCUACCUCGUCCGGGGGCUCCCCCUGCCCCCCCAGACCGAAAUCCUGCCGGAGCCGCGGCGGCGGCGGCUGCUGCUGCUGCUGAACCCGUUUGGGGGCCGGGGCCAGGCCCUGAGCUGGUGCCAGAGCCACGUCCUGCCCAUGAUCACCGAGGCCGACAUCAGCUUCAACCUCAUCCAGACCGAACGGGCAAACCACGCGCGGGAGCUGGUGACGGGGAUCAGCCUGGACGAGUGGGACGGGAUCGUCACCGUCUCGGGGGACGGGCUCCUCUACGAGGUGGUGAACGGGUUGAUGGACCGGCCGGACUGGGCCGCGGCGCUGCGCAUGCCCCUGGGGAUCCUGCCCUGCGGCUCCGGCAACGCCCUGGCUGCCGCCAUCAACUUCCACGCCGGGCUGGCCCCGGCGCUGGGUCUCUCCCUCCUUCAGAACUGCGCGGUGCUGCUGUGCCGGGGGACGCCGUCCCCCCUGGACCUGGUGUCGGUGACGACGGCGUCGGGCGCUCGCGUCUUCUCCUUCCUGAGCGUGGCCUGGGGGUUGGUGGCCGACGUUGACAUCGAAAGCGAACGCCUGCGACGCCUCGGCCCGGCGCGUUUCGCUUUGGGCGCGGCCGCGCGCCUCCUGGCCCUGCACACCUAUCGCGGCCGCCUCUCCUACCUGCCCGCCGUCCCGCGCAGCGCCACCGCCGAUGUCGCCGCCGAUGUCACCGCCGAUGUCGCCGUCCCCUUACCCCGCGCUAUCUCCGAUUUGGGGCUCUGCGCGGGGAUCCCGAGCGGCCCCGGGACCCCCGAGGGGGAUUGGAGGGACGGCGAGGACGCCCCCGGGCUUGGGGACGCCCCCAGGUCUGGGGACGCCCCUGGGUUUGGGGACCCCCCAGAGUUUGGGGACCCCCCAGAGUUUGGGGAGAACCCCGGGAAGAAGGAAGGUGCCGCCGUCGGAGAUGCCCCGGUGUGGGGGGACGCCCCGGUGCGGGGGGACGCCCCGGGACGUGGGGACGUGGCGGUGGGUACCCCCCCCAUUUCCGGGACCACCGCCAUUCCCGUGGCCCCCCAAAUCCACGAGGUCACCCAAAGACCUGAGGACACCCCAAAACCCGCCCUCACCUCCACUUACGACCUCACCCCCAACCUCGGAGACAUCCAAGACCCCCCAUUCCAUCGCGUCGCCUCCGACCCCGCGUCCCCCCCAAAAAACGCCUCCCCCCGCGGCGGCCCGGUCGACGAUUUACUGGUGCCGCUGGGGCACCCGUUACCCCCCGGGUGGGUGACGCUGGAGGGGGACUUCGUCCUGGUCCUGGCCAUUUACCAGUCCCACCUGGGGGCCGAACUGGUGGCGGCCCCCCGAGCCCGGCCGGACGACGGCCUCAUCCACCUCUGCUACGUGCGGGCGGGGGUCUCGCGGGGGGCCCUGCUGCGGGCGUUGUUGGCCAUGGCGCGAGGAGGUGGCGGCGGCGGCGGUGAGGGGGGGGGGGGACGCCGCCGCCGCUGAUGUCGUAGCCGGCCCCCCCGUGUCGCGCGUCCCCGCUCGCGCUUUCCGCCUGGAGCCGCUGACGCCGCGGGGGGUGCUGACGGUGGACGGGGAGCGGGUGGAGUACGGACCCCUCCAGGGACAAAUCCACCGCGGGCUGGCGCGGCUGCUCACCCCCGCUGCGCCGUGACGGGGGGGGGGGGACCCCCGGGGGGGACCCCCA